ACUGGUUAUGUGAUGUGUAGCACCUGAGUCAAAGAUCUAAGUAUUUCAAGGUAUAUCUGAAGAAACCAUAGUGAACAAAACCUAUGGAAGAAGAGACGAGCGUUGGGAAUCUGGAAUCCACUAGCCAUAAUUGUAACAGAAGAAAUCCAAAGCCAGCAAAUAGUGAAAGGCCAACUCCAGAAAACUAUCCAGUCAGAAAAGAAAUAACCUAAACAGUCCACUAAUCACAGACAGCCUACAACUAAUAGCCCAAAGGAACAACCCAAAUAGCUCAAAACAAAGCCCAACAAACAGUCCAAAGAAAGGCUCAGCACAAUAAGCCCAGCAAUCGGAGUAUCACUUCACAGUCCGAUACUAGUAAAAGAGAGCUUGGAAACAAAGGUGAAGCCCAACCCAAUAAACCAAACAAAGUCCAAAGAAUUAACGCCCACAGUAGAACAAGUGGCAAAACAAACAGCCCAAAAGCUGAACUAACAAGCAAAUAACUCAAAAGCCCAAACCAAAGAAUCAGCAGAUUAGGGCUUUAACCAAAACAAUUGUUGAUUCAUAGUAUACAUAGCAUCAAAUCAGCAUUCCAGCAACUACAAAGCCCAAACAUCACAACUCACAAGGGCCCAGAAGAUCAAAGGUCUAACCAGAAGAACCACAGGUCAACCCAGCCCAAACGUCACAAGUCCAGCCCAGAAGAACAGAACAAUUUCUUCUUCGAGACCCAGCAACAAUCAGGGAAUAGGACAAACCAGCAGAGAGGAGGAUCAAUUUGAGGAAGAUUACAACAAAAAUCAACCACAGAAAUUGCAAGGAAUUAAACCAGAACAUUAAUUCAAAAGCCCAACAUCCACAAGAUUUACGAGAGAGUAUACGUGGAUAAAGUUCUUUUUGUUAUUAUUCGUCUAGCAUAAAAUUGAUUACCUAUUUUUUUCAGAAAAUUAGAAAAAGAAAAAUAAUCGAUUGCUACUCCCAUAAAAGGCAGAGAGAUGUCAUUAUUUAAUUAUGGUUUCCAAAGUGGUAAUUGUGUUCUUUGCAACACAGCCUCUACUUACAUCCUUGCCAUACUAGGAUGUGGACAUAUCACUGGCUCUCAUCUUAUGUGCGAAAGAGUUGAUAAAGGUGGUCGGAUAUGCGAGGCAAUUGAUAAUGGUUACUGCAUAGUCAUCCAAACAGUAGAAAAAGCAGGUUGGUUCAGUAGUUGGUGUUUGAAUUCCAGCUUCAUCAUAUUUAGCAAGUUGAAGAAUCGUUGCAGCUCUAUAUUAAAUCUGACAGAUAUCAAAGACCAAAAUUCAAGGGUGGUGAUUACGGAGGCUCGUGCUACAGUAUAUCGAUGCAUGGAAUUGCUCUGUGAUCUUCUGCAGGACAAGGUUUUAGCUAUUGAUAUGGAGUGA